UGUUGGACUUCGAGUCAAGAGCUCAAAAGUCCUUCCAUCCGUAUCAUCUUCCCCAGCAUUGAGAGAGUAAAGACCAACAGAAGUGGAAUCAUGGCAUCCAGGCGCCUCUUAUGCUUCUCAGAGAAAACAUGGCACAGACUGGAAAAUGUUGACAUCCUCCAUGAUGCAGUUCCUCAUCCGAGUGAUAGAGUUGGGUAUCCUAUGCAUGUGAAGGUGGGACGCAGGCGGUUCCUAUCUAAGAAGGAUGGAUCUUCCUUCGGGUGGGUCUACUCUGGAUCGCACAACUUCAGUGCUGCUGCCUGGGGACGUCCACUCUCAGAGGGACGAUCGAAUGGGAACAUGAGGAAUAAUUCUGCACUGGGCUCGAGACUUCAUAUUUCCAAUUACGAACUUGGUAUCAUUUUCAUUGUUCCCCCACCAGAUGGAGCGAAAGAGAAUACUGAAAACUUGGACGAUGUUGGUUUGCCAUUCGUCGUGCCCCCACCGAAAUACAGACCAACAGACAAACCUGCUACUGCACAGGCAAUAAGGGAAGCACUGGCAAAGCUCUCAGAGCGAGAAAAGGAAAUGAAUGAAGCUGCAUCCAUGGCUACUGAUGGUGACUGGGUGGAAGAGGGAGUUACAGAACGCGAGGAAGAGGAGGAAGAAGAAGUUGCGGAAGCUAUUCAAUAUGUCAGUCAUGAAAAGGAAGACGAAAAGGCCUACGCUGAUCAACUCUGGAGCCAAGUGGAUUCUUGAGAAAGUAAGUUGCAAAUACUCAGGUGGAUUCUUUACUGUUGUGGAGCUUUUGAGUGUAGAUUGAAGGCUUUAUCAUUGGAUGGAGCAUGUUGUAUAGUGCUGUAUACAAGAGGCCAGCAGGGUGAAGUUUGAAUACGUAUUUAUAUACACUCCUUGUGCAUCUCUGCUGGAUUGGAAGUGAAGUGAUUGUAAUCAGGAUUUAGGGUAUAGGGUUGUAUUUAUAAUCAACUAAAUCUAAAUCUCUUUGAUGUAAUCAAUUUAUAUUUGAUGAUAAAUUUUCAACCUCAUUUAUAAUCAAUUUAUAUACGGAU